AUGUCAAAUACAGAAAGAGCAGUUGUUCGUGUUCUCAUAAAACAUAAUACCACUAUGAGAGAAAAAAUCUUAGAGUGGGAUAUUAUCGAAGUGUUGAAAAGCAUGGGCUUUAGAAAAGGCUGUGCUUUCAUGGGGAUGGAUAUGGAAUUAGUACAUACAGUUUAUGAAUGUUCCUGUAGUUUAAUUGGCCCUCUCUGCAUUAGAGAGGCACUUUCUGUAUUAGGAAGUGUCCCUGCUGGGAAGUUGGUGAAUAAGAUACACUCUAACAUUGAAGCUGGACCUGGUGAUAAGGGUAAAGAUAUUAUAUGCCAAAUCACUGGGAUCACCAUUGUGAUUCAAUGCAAGAAUUAUACACGUUGA